CAACUUCUGUGGUGUGGAUAAAAUUUAGAGAGAAAAAAAUGCCGGGAAGUAACACGAGGGUUGCGAUAAUCGGCGGUGGUGUAGCGGGUCUUAUAUUGGCAAGACACGCGGCAGCAAAUCCGGAAACAUUCAGUUUUACUUUAUUCGAACAAACCGGCCAGGUGGGUGGAACCUGGGUGUAUACCGAUCAGACAGAAGUCGAUGACCAUGGACUUCCGGUGCACAGUAGCAUGUACAAAAACCUCAAGACGAAUCUACCGAAAGAGAUUAUGCAAAUUCCUGACUUUCCAUUCAAGGAGAAGGAUGGCCCUUCUUUCGUUCAUCACACUGUAGUUCGAGAUUAUUUAUGGAGUUACACCAAACACUUCAAUCUCUACCCUCACAUAAUGUUAAAUACCUUGGUAAAAUUUGUCGAGCCUGAAACUACGUUGAGUGGCCGAACAGUGUGGCUCAUCACUACGGAAGAUUUAGAGACGAAUACUGUAACGACUAGGAUUUUUGAUGCAGUGAUACUCUGUAACGGGCAUUAUACUGUGGGGCACGUGCCCCGUGUCCGAGGAAUCGAUAGCUUUCGUGGAAAAAUAAUUCACAGUCAUCAGUACAGGAAACCAGAAUCAUAUGCGAAGAAAAACGUUUGCAUUCUGGGUGCUUCCUGGUCAGGCGUUGAUAUCACCGUGGAAGUAUCAAACUAUGUUGAAAAGGUCUACUUGAGUCAUGAUUUGGCAAAUCCGCUGGUAUCAAAACUACCUGAUAAUGUCGAACAGCACCCGGGCAUCGCGAGCGUUCAUGGAGAUACUUUUGUAUUCAAAAAUGGAGUAGCUGUACAGGUGGAUGAGUUUAUAUACUGCACGGGGUACCAGUUUACGUACCCGUUCUUAUCGGAAAAGGUGGAAAUCAGUACAGAAGACAAUCACGUUGAACCAAUUUACAAACAUCUUGUCUACACGGACUUACCGAAUCUAUUCUUUAUGGGACUUCCGGCGCUCGUCAUUCCAUUCCCGAUGUUUCACAUUCAGGCCCAAUAUAUUUUGAAAAUUAUAGACGGUAGUAUCACGUUACCCUCACCCCAAGAAAUGCGUAUGGACUUUGAAAGGGAAAAGCAGAGCUUGGUUGACGAGGGCAUUGCGGUGAGACACAUAAUCAAGCUGAAAGACCGGCAAUGGGCUUACUACGAUGAGAUUGCAGCAAUGGCAAAAGUGGCAAGUUUCCCACCGGUGAUUAGAAAGAUUUGGGACCACGUGAGUAAGAUGCGGGAGCAAGACUUCACAACGUACAAAAAUUACCAAUAUCGUAUCAUGGAUCGCGAAAAUUUCAAAGUGAAUUACUGUAAGCCUUGUUAG